UUCGAUUGGCUUCAUUGAACGUCAAUUGGAUUAGUUUCGACCAAAACAUUGGCUGAGUGAACAUCCAUUUACCAAUCGAAAUCGAUUGAAACCAAUUGCAAUUGCCUGUUGAACAGGCUUAUUAAUCAAUUGAAGCAAUCAGCAUGAUUCAUACUGAUCGUAAAAAUAAAUAUUGUGUUGUUUGGUGAUACGAAAAAAUAAUUUCAGUGAUUGGAGCGUGAAAAUUUAGCCGAAAAAUGUUCUCCUUUUUCAAGAGCAAAAAACACAGUCCAGAUCAGGCUCCAGCGGAUCCUAUUCCGGGGCCAGUGCCACCAGCCCCGAAGGAAGACGACUUCAUUUUCAUCGAACGCAAAGGCUCGGCGCCCGGUAGCAAUACGGGCUCACCGUCCCAUGGAUUGUAUCCACCCAUUCCGGGUAGGAGUGCACCUCCGUCGGUCGUAGGAUCCCCGACCGCGAUAACGCGGCAGCAGAGCGAAGAUAAAACCCUGCACGCCAUGCACGGAGUGCCCUUCAAACUGUCACCGGAACUGGUCAAGGACAGCAGCACGGAAAUUACGCAGUAUCAGGUAAACGAAAUUCUGGCGUUCAUCGGCAAGACCACCAACGCUCGGUUGGAUUAUGACUUCAGCCUGGAACGGAGUGUCCUUUCCCAGGGAUAAUAAUCGAUAUACAUGUGUACUACGGUCGAAAUGGUCCGAUAGUUUAGCAAAAAUAUUUACGACCAUUUUAUUUAAUUGUAGCUUUUAAUGUUCACCAAAAAGAGGAGGAAGCAAUUUGAAAAACAAAAUAGAAAAGAAUCAGCUUGAUUUGCAAGGAAAGCUUUUAAAAAUGCACAAUUAACGAAGUAUUGAAAAAUAACUUGGUAAAUAGUAAUUCGUUUAGGAACUAAAUUAGAGUUUUCAUGAAAAGAAUGCCAUAAGAACAUUUUAUGUUCGAUGAGAGCCGGAAAUAAACGAUGUCAUAUGUA